CGCGCAUUCCACGUGAUGCAUGAUUGUAAGCCACAAAAGAUUCGCUAACGUCGACGGUGUUUGGCAUGAAACAUCACCUGUGCUGUACCAGAAGCAGACGAUAUUUCUCACACGUCGGGCUGGACAAGGGCAAGCCUGUGACGUCGUCGCCGUAUCUGGAUGGAGAGACAAACGUUUCGAUGGUGUGUUUGCUGAGCUCUACAGCCAGUUCGCGCUGAUCCCUGUAAAGUGGCUUGAAGGUAGCGGGGAGGACUACCCGGCCCAGGAGUGGCAAAUGGCCGGCUUCGAGGGCCUGAAUGAUGGCCAAAUCAGCCAGUCGAUCCAAGGUGCCAGCGCCGUUUUCAUAAAUACGCAGACAAUGUAA